UAGUUGGGACGCGACGGAGAGAGGAAAGAAAAGGACAAGAAGGAAGGAAGGAAGGAAGGGAGGAAGGAAGGAGGGAGCUGUAAUAAAUUCAGCCUCACAGUCUUGGCGCCAAUCCGACACGCAGAGAAAUCUAAAAAAAAAAAAAAAAAAAAAAAAAAAAAAAUCUCCAUUGACGUUGUUUAAAUCAAGUUUGCGCCGCCGCCGCUGCUGCUCGGUCGGUGUUGUUAUCCAGCUAGCAUCGUUAGCAUCGUUAGCCUCGUUAGCACAGUAUCUAUCAUUGUCAUAUUAAUCUGGCCUCUCGCUCUCUCUGUCUCUAAUAACUCAGCACCGGGACAAUAGAGGUGUAUAUUUCUCCGGUGGGAUCGGUACGACCUAAAAAAAAAAAAAAAAUGGGGAGGAAGUCCAACAGAGCCAAGGAGAAGAAAGCCCGGCGCCUGGAGGAGAGGGCGGCCAUGGACGCCGUGUGCGCCAAGGUGGAGGCGGCCAAUAAGCUCGAUGACCCGCUGGCUGCCUUCCCGGCCUUCAAGAAGUACGACAGAAACGGGCUGAACCUGCAGAUAGAGUGUAAGAGAGUGACCUCCCUCAACCCGCUGUCUGUGGAGUGGGCCUUCGAACUCACCAGAGCCAACAUGCAGACGCUUUACGAGCAGAGCGAGUGGGGGUGGAAGGAGAGAGAAAAGAGGGAGGAGAUGAACGACGAGAGGGCCUGGUACCUGCUGGCCCGCGACUCCGACUCCUCCCCACUGGCUUUCUCCCACUUCCGGUUCGACGUGGAGUGCGGGGAGGAGGUUUUAUAUUGCUACGAGGUGCAGUUAGAGAGCAAAGUGCGGAGGAAAGGGCUCGGCAAGUUUCUCAUCCAGAUACUACAGCUCAUCGCUAACAGUACGCAGAUGAAGAAAGUGAUGCUGACAGUUUUCAAACACAACCACGGGGCGUACCAGUUCUUCAGAGAAGCUUUACAGUUCGAGAUCGACGAGACUUCGCCGAGCAUGUCCGGCUGCUGCGGCGACGACUGUUCGUACGAGAUCCUGAGCCGGCGGACCAAGCACGGCGAGGCCUCGGCGGGGCACACCCACGGCGGCGGCCACUGCGGCGGCUGCUGCCACUGAUUCGGUUUUAAAAAGCAAAAAAAAAAAGCAAAAAAAGAAAAGAGAAAAGCAAAAAAAAAAAAAAAAAAAGCCAGCAACUUUCAUGGCUGUGUGUGAAAGCUUGAGCUGCCUGUUAUUCCGCACGCGAACCCAUGGUGGAAUACCUGGCUGCAGAUAUUGAUGUUGCAUUAUGGAUUGUGUGUUUUUGUUUUGUUUUGUUUUUGUUUUCCUGCUACAGAAGCGUUAUGCAGUGUGAGCUUUCACACGUGGCUUCUGUUUUGUUUUUGUUUUGUUUUUUGUCUCCCGACUUCUCGUUUCAUCGUCCCGGCCUCCUCCUCCCACGUUAAUGACAUUUAGUUAGUUAGUUAGUUCGCUCCCAGUCAAGAAAAAAAGCUAAGACGUCGCUGAUGUUCUUUACCACUGCAGUCAAAACCUCAUCCCACCUCAUCCCGCUUUCACCGUCUAAUGGUUUAUUCCGCGUCCAGUCAGUUCUUCAGCUCUUAAAAAAAAGAAAAAGCUAAAUCUGGUUAAAGAGCUGCAGACUUGUGUCAUGUAAAGCGGUGACACUUAAUGCUCUGCACAUGACACGGGGUCACUGAGUUGAAGCAAAGCGGGUUUAAAACUGGGCUUAAUGGAUUUCUUUUUUUUAUAAAAUAGGGUCUCACGCCUCAAAACGCUGCGACUACUCGUCCAAUCAGAAAUGUUCAGCGCUGCAAACCACACGGCCACAGAUCCUGUACUUUUUUUUAAAAAAGUUCUCCCCCUGAGAAUAAACUUUACAGGGUGUGAAAUAGUUUCUGCUUGAACUUAAUUUUAGACCCUGGUUCCUGCAGAACCUCUAAAAGUUCCUAGUCUCUGGAUUAUUAUUAUUAGUCUCUGGAUUCCUCAGGAUUAGGCUGAAAGUUCGGGUUAAAACUGCGUGAGACGUCCCUGUUGUGCUGUAACAUUAUCAUACAACUCAAAUUCAUGUGCUUUUAAGUUAUUAUGACGUCACAAAAGCGCUGCAGCUACCGGCUCCACUCCUGCUUUUAAUUUUUAUAUCUCAUAAUACAAGCUGUCCGAGUCGUUGCCUUUUUUUCUUCAAAGUGUUUCUUUUUUUCCCUUUUGGAAUAAGUUAAAAAAAACAAAGAAAGAAAUAAUUUAGUUGCUGUAAAUCCUUCAAUCCUUCAGAUGUUAAACCGCUUUAAAGCCCUGACGUAUUUCCUCCUCAACACAAGUGCAUGUUUCUAAACUUAAACAUCUUCCCGUUUUACUGAAGACUCCUUUAGUUUGUGUAAAUCCAUUAUUACUUCUUCUUCCUUUCCAAUUUUUUUUUUUUUUUCCCAUGCGUUAAGAUACAAACGAUAGAUUUGCUGCCUGAAACUACAUUUCCCACUCGUCGCUGCCCUCGUGAAGCCGCGUUUCGCCGCUACUUUUUAGCCACGUGUUUGGAAAAACUACUAAAAAUCCGUCCCCGCCUCUUGCGUGUGUUGUUAGCAUGAGCGAAUCAUAUUGAUUUUUAAGUGGGUGAGGAAUCGGUAGAAGUCGCCGCUCGAAGCCGAUGAAUGAAUGAAUGCAUGAAUGAAAGUGACGGCAAAGCACUGAAGAAGAAGAAGAAGAAAGUUGCUUUCACAGUUGUUCGUAUCUUGUUUUCCCAGCAAUGCAUGGCCACAUUUAAAAACGUUUUUGCAAAAAGGAAAAAAAAAACGCAGAAAAAAAAAACAUAGUCUUAAUCAGGAUUGCACAACAACAAUGCAGCUUCUCAUUUUCUAAAAAUCCUCACACGGAUCUAAUAGCAUUACUUUAAUAUUUCACACAAAUCUCCAGUGAAUGAUCGGAAGUAUGCAAAAAGCUGAAGCGGCACCACCUUUUAAAGUUAAUGCAGAACCUUUUUUUUGGUUGGAUUUCAUGCAGCUUAAGAUUCAGGCGAAGUUUCUGCCCCACGAUCGGUUUAGAAUAAUGUUCGUUUCCACUUUUAAGGCAUCACGUAUAUAAAGGCUGCUGUAACCACACUGAUCAUGAUGAUUCCACAUCUGUUUACAAAACCUUCAGGGUGUUUUUUUGGGGGAAGUUUCGAAAAGACUCGUCUAGAAACCACCAGAAAACCCUUUAAUUCCAGGAUUGUUAGUCGGUCGGUGUCGGCGUGUUUUCUGAGGGCUUUUUGAAAUAGGUACUUUUUUUUUUUUUUUUUUUUUUUUUGUCGUUUUGAAUCCGGUCACAUCAAAGGCUGGACUUGGAGAUUUCACACGGAUUUAAUAAUCAAAAGUACGUGAAACGGGAGGAAGAGAAAUGUGAAGUAGUCAGAAAUAAUCUUUGCGAAAGGAGGAGGGAUCCUGGCGUGAAAUAAAAAAAAAAAAAAUAAAUAAAUAAAAAAAUCCUGGUUGUUUCUAGACUGGGUAGAGACGGGAUUGAGAAAAGAAGAAGAAGGAGGAGGAAAGAAAAAAAAAACAACAAGACCUGGAGAUAUGUCUGUGUUUCCUGCUUGUUGGAGCUCUGAACAACAACAACAACAACAGUUAAAUAUAAUGCUUGUUUUAGGACUAGACUACCUUCUUAUUAGUGCAGUAAAUCCAUUUUUUGUACUUCAUAGGUUUAAAAAAAAAAAAAAAAGAAAACGAGGAUGUUGUAAAUAGUGGUAGUAGAUCAAUCGACUUACAGUCUCUCUCAGGUUAAUCGAACAUAAUCAAACCUCAUCGGUUUUACUUAAACAGCCAUGUUGUUGGUUAGUUGUUGCCUGGACUGGAUCGAACCACACGUCGGAUCUGGAGUCAGGUUUUUAUUUUUUUUUGUGCGUGUGUCGUCCACCUUUAAACACAGCCAGAAGAGUAACAACACUGUUUUUUUUUUUUUUUUUAAUAAAUAUGUUGCAGUAAAAGACAUAAACUUCUAAAAAUGUGACAUUGCAUGAAAGUGAUUGUGAUACUGACUCCAGAUUUGUGCUACGUGGGUUUUAUUCAGUCCAGACAAGGUGGCCUGUGAUUAAAAGGACAAAAAAAUAAAUAAAAAAUAGGCUCACUGGAAGUAAAAAAUAAUAAUUUUGUGGAAAUAUCAUGAGUUGGAAAAUGAGCCUAAAACCUAACCAGUUUAUUUUAAGGUCAGUUAUUUUAGAAAGUGGUUACGUACCCUCACACAAGUACAGAUCCUUCUCUCGGUCUUUUCUCUAUGUGUAUAUAAUAUAUAUAAGCUGUUGUGGAUCCAUCUUCAUUUCUUGGCCUUUUACAGGUUAAACACUUUUUUAAACAUGAUGUUAAAUAUUAAAAGGAACUCCAUGUUUGAGAGUGAGUGUUACAGUCCUGUCCAUAAAUGACAAUGAAAGGGAAAACUAAGUCAUUCUGCCUUGUCAGUGUUUUAUUUGUAUGUUACAAAUAAAGGAAAGUUGUUUGACUUUUCAA